GUUGAUUCCCGCCCCCUGGUUCGGACUGUCCAAUAGGAACACCGGGAGAACCGGAUUCGACCAAUUAGCAACGACGGAUGAUAGUGAAUGGAAGUUUAGUUUUUGAGUUUGGGGUAGAUCGAUAGAUGGAUUAACGGAGACGACGGACCACGGAACGUGGAUAUCAGUGUGUGUGUCGAGGAGAGGAGGGAGGCAGGUGUUCAGUUGAGGGAGACGCAUCGCCUCAGUCGGCUCCCCCAAGCUUCAACAGGGUGCCGAGACGGAGGAAAACGGCUAAAACGGCCGGCUAACCGGGGACCAGAACUCCCGUAAGAAGAACGGACUACGAUAAACGUUUUUUUUUUUUCGAAGAAACGGUUUCUUUGGGUUUCUUUCUGUUUUUGGAGGACCGUUGAAGACUCUGGAUAAAGCAGCGAAAGGCUUCAGUGUCGCAGUAGCAGCAGUGAGAGUAACGUCUCUCUUUCCAACGGCUGUUUUUUUUUCAGUUAAAAGCGACUGUUACUUUUUUUUUGGUUUGUAUCAACUCCUCCUCACCAGCAUAUGUACAAAAAGGUGGAAAAGUCUCGGUUGUUGCUCACAAACUUGGAAGUAAUUCAUUUAUGUUUUUUUUUUGCUAACCUGUUGUGUCAUUUUUUCCGUGUUAUCCGAGACGCCGCGCAUCACGGCAAGUUAGCCUAUCUGGUAUCCGAGGCAAGACUCCCCCAUUCCGGGAUAGUGGAUAAUUUCGAUCCGCUACGACUCGGGUUAACAGUUAAUUAGGAUAUCUAACUUUUGCUCAUAUAAUUGACUGCAGCCUACUCUUCUCCAUCACCACACUUGAAAAAAGACACGGAGCGCUCUGUCCAGUUUUUUUUUAGCAGACAGAAACCAGGGAUAUUCACAGAAUCAAUUAGUGAAUUGAUUUUUUAGAGCACACACACACACAUACAUACACACAAACAGGCAAAUCACGGAUGGAUAAUUGACGUGUUUUAAUGCUUCUCUGUUAAUACGACCACUGAACAAACGGCUAAAGGAUACGCGGGACAAAUCCCCGGUGAAGACAUCAAAACAAACGCGGAUUUGAGGUCGAUAGCAGAGAAUAAGCCGAUAAGUCUAAAACACACUCAAAUGUAUUAAUUCUGUGCUCGGAUCAAUCCAAAUGAAAAUGAGGUAUCACAGGGCGCAGAAACACACGGACUCCGCCACAGCACACACAGAUUACCGUGUCGUUAUACCGUGAAGCCAGACUAGUGAAGGAAAGUCUUUCUGUUGGUGAGGCGCCCCCCCCUCCGCUCCUCCACCCGCUGCUUGCCGAGUUUUGGACACCGGAGCUGGGAAGGGAAGUCAGAGAAGGGAGCUUGUCAGCAGUGACAGCGGUGUUACAGUACAGAACUCGUGGAGCUCGGAGCUCCACUUCACCGGUACGCGCGUAGCUGCCGGUGCUGAAGCCAGUUCCUCUCAUCUCGGACUCCUUCCCUCUGGUGCGCAGGGCAGAGAGAGUUGCAGCAGCAGCGGCAGCAGCAGAGCUCAAGAGGACACUGUUGGUCCCCUCUCCUGCAAGAUGAAACCGGGAAUUUGUUGUCCCGAGGAGUCCCCGGAGCGUGCGGACGGACUCGUCCCAGGGAGCCGGCAGAUGAUGCUGGGGACCGGGACGACCCGGAGUGGGAGCCGGUGUGUGCCUGUCUUUCUCCUGCUCCUUCUCGGCAGCAGCUGCCACAUGUUGCACGGCCAAGAGGUGGCUCCCUACCUGCGAGGGGGUGAACUGGGGCGGCAGGUAGUGUUGGAGGGAAACAGACUGGUUCUGACCUGCCUGGCUGGAGGCAGCUGGCCUCUGCAGUACCGCUGGACUCUGAACAACAGCAACAUCACUGACUGGACACCACAGUACAGGUUGUCUGUCCCGUCUCUGAAGAGGACUGAUGCUGGCCUGUAUCAGUGUACGGUGAGGAACAGGAUGGGCGCAGUCAUACACAGGAGAACAGAGGUGCAGGUGGCCUUUUUGGGGAACUUCUCCACUGAGGAGCAGAGGAAGACGGUGACUCAGGGCCGAGCAGCCAUCAUCAGCCUGCCUCCCCUUUCUUCUUUCCCCAGACCCCUUGUCACAUGGUACAAAGACGGACACAAGAUCAUCCCCAACAACCGAAUAGCAAUCACUUUGGACAAUCAACUGGUCGUCUUGGCAACCACAGCGAUGGACGCAGGACGUUACCAUGUGGAGGCGGUGAACGAGAUGACAGGAGAGAACGUGACGAGUCCAGCGAUCUACCUGAGCAUCUCAGUUGGCAAGAAGAACCGCGUGUCAGCAGAUCCUGAGUCAGAGCUUGUGGCUCCAACGAUUGUGAUUGGACCUAAAGACACGACAGUGGUGGCGGGGAGCGAGGCGACGCUGGAGUGCAUUGCUAAUGCCAGACCGAUGGACAGUCUCGUGGUGUCAUGGAAACGCGAUGGGCGUCGGCUGGCCGGUGGGCGUCGUCUCAUUAUUGCUUCCCCCACCUCUUCUGACACAGGCUUAUAUGUUUGUGAAGCAUCGCAAAGCAACAGCACUGCCAAACCUGCAGAAGCAAGGGCACACCUCACUGUAACGGAGCCACCUUCUCUGUCUGCUCAGCCCAAGAGGAAGAUCAUAGCUGAGCUCGACAGGAAUGUAGAUAUCCCCUGCCAGGCUACAGGCGUGCCCCAGCCCAGGAUAGAGUGGUACAAGGAUGCAGUACCUCUUUCCAGAGUGGCCAACCCUCGCUACAAGGUCACCACAGCAACCGGGUUGACGGUGCGCAGGGUGCAGCCAGGAGACGGAGGAAUAUUCCAGUGCUUUGCUCGCAACGCUGCCGGAGAGACCCAAGCACACACACAACUCCUUGUCUCUAGUGUGGCCCCCAUUUUUACAUUCCCCCCGUCUGACCAAACAGUAACUGAUGGGAACACAGCAUUGUUCACUUGCCAGAUGAGCGGAGCUCCAAAACCUGCCAUCACUUGGAGGAAAGGAUCACAGGUCUUAGCCAGCGGCACCGUCCAGGUUUCCAGGUUCACGCUGUUGCAGUCAGGCGGUUUGCAGAUUCAGCCAGUCAGCUUCCAGGAUUCAGGAGAAUACACCUGCAUCGCCGCCAACACAGAGGGAACCAUCAACGCCACCGCUACUCUCACUGUCUGGAGUCGUACAGUCAUUUCUGUGCCUCCAUCUGACCAGCGUGUUAUUAAAGGAACCACUGCUGUUCUGGACUGUAAUGCUACACAUGACCCCAGAAUCGAUGUCAGCUUCAAGUGGGAUCGUGGUGGCAUGCCAGUCCUUCCGACCAGUGGGGGCCGUGUCUCUGUGCGCCAGGGCUCCCUCACUAUUGGCCAGACGUGGUCAGGUGACAUUGGGGAUUACACCUGCACUGUGACAUCACAGGCUGGCAACGAUUCUCGCUCAGCACGUCUUGAAGUCAUUGAGCUUCCACACUCCCCUCGCUCCCUGGCGGCCCGUCUCAAUGACACUGACUCCCGCUCCGUCCUCCUGUCCUGGCUACGCCCCUUUGAUGGGAACUCCCCCCUUCUGUACUACCUGCUGGAGCUCUCAGAGAACAACUCACCAUGGAAGGUCUACCUAUCAGAGGUCGAUCCUGCGGUGACUGAGGUAUCAGUGGGUGGACUCACACCUGCCAGGACCUAUCAGUUCAGACUUUGUGCUGUCAAUCAAGUGGGCAGGGGUCAGUACAGCGCGGAGACACAAAGAUUGAUGCUGAGGGAGGAGGCACCCAGCGCUCCUCCGAAGAAUAUUGUGGCCAGUGGGCGGACAAACCAGUCCAUCAUGGUCCAGUGGCAGCCUCCGCCAGAACCUCAGCUUAAUGGAGUCCUCAGAGGAUAUGUACUCAGGUACCGUCUGGCAGGGCUGCCAGGAGACUACCAGGAGAAAAAUAUCAGCAGCCCAGAGACCAACUACUGUCUGCUGAAAGAUCUGAUCAUCUGGACGCAGUACCAGAUCCAGGUGGCUGCCUUCACUGGAGCCGGCCUGGGCGUCUACAGCAGCCCUGUCACUGAAUACACCCUGCAGGGAGUUCCCACAGCACCUCCGCAGGAAGUGGAAGUUGUAGCUAUCAACUCAACCACCAUCCGCUUCACAUGGAACCCCCCACCUCAGCAGUUCAUUAACGGCAUCAACCAGGGAUACAAGCUGCUGGUCUGGCCAGAGCAGUUUCCAGAGGACGUUACCAUAGUAACCAUCACCCCAGACUACCCCGGUUCACGCCACACAGGAUUAGUCAGCGGACUCAAGAAAUUCACCUGGUACUUCGGCUCCACCCUCUGCUUCACAACACCUGGAGACGGCCCCCGCAGCUCGCCCACUCUGCUGCAGACACACGAGGACACACCCGGAUCUGUUCGUCACCUGAGCUUCACUGAAAUCUUGGACACAUCACUCAGAGUCAGCUGGGCAGAGCCUGAAAACAAGAACGGCAUCAUCACUGGCUAUGUGUUGUGGUGGGAAGUGUCUGGUGUACAGUCGAGUCGUGAGGAACGUUCUCUGUCCAACUCCACCCUGCAGUACCAGCUGACCGGCCUCACCUCCACCACCAAGUACACACUACAGGUGGCAGCGCUCACUGCUGCAGGACGGGGCGUGGUCACAUCAUCCACCAUCUCCACUGGAGUCCCACCAGAACUUCCCGGUGCACCAUCCAACUUAGUCAUCUCCAACAUCAGCCCUCGCACUGCGACACUCAGGUUCCGCCCUGGUCCUGAUGGAAAGACCGCCAUAUCACGAUGGAUUGUGGAGGCACAGGUAAUAAAGGAGAACGGGAAGGAGGAAGCGUGGAGAGUUGUCUACCAGAAAGACAACCAGCCAGAUGCAGACACACUGGAGAUCCCCGACCUCAGCCCGUUCACUCAGUACAGGUUCAGGAUGCAGCAGGUGAACAUUGUUGGCUCAAGUCCCCUGAGCGCACCCACCAGGCUGAUUCAGACCUUGCAGGCUGCCCCUGACACGCACCCCUCCAACCUCACCCUGCUGUCUGCUACACAGACCAGCCUUCGCUUCAACUGGAAGCCUCUUCCAGAGUCGGAGUACAACAGCAACCCAGAGACUGUAGGCUACCGGCUUCGUGUGUGGAGGACAGACGGCCAGGGGGAGGACAGGACCGAGGAUGUGGAGGGAGCGGGGGAGACCAGUGAGGCCACAGCAGAGGGCCUGAAUCCCUGGACCCAGUAUCAGGUCCAGAUACAGGCUUACAACUCCAUAGGACCAGGACCAUGGAGCAACACUGUCGCCGCACACACAGCAGAAUCUGUUCCAUCUGGAUCUCCGGCGAAUGUGACUGCUGAGGCAGUGAGUUCCUCCAGGAUCCUGCUCACAUGGUCUCCUCUCCCUCAGGCACAGAAAAAUGGAGUCAUACUUGGAUAUAAGGUGUUGUACAAUGAGAAGGACUCAGAAGGUCCUCCCAGUGUUCAGGUGGCAGAAGGGGAAGGGAGUGUGUCGCUGCUCCUCGGGGUUCUCCAAAAAUACACUAUGUACGUGCUGCAGGUGCUGGCAUAUACACGGUUGGGUGACGGUCCUCCCAGCAACCCCAUACUCCUCAGAACCAAAGAAGAUGUCCCAGGCCCCCCUGUCAGGAUGGUGUUUCCAGAAGUUCGAUUGUCAUCAGUUAGGGUGGUCUGGCAGCCACCCACAAAGCCCAACGGCAUCAUAUUAGGCUACCAGAUCUCCUACCGCCUGGACGGCAGGGACCCUCUGCGUUGGACCACAGUGGAGGUGGGCUCCAACGGUCGCCAGUUCACUGUCACAGGACUCUCCCCUGAGCAGAGCUACGUGUUCCGACUCACUGCUCGCACCGUCGUGGGCUGGGGCGAAGAACAGGAAGCCCUGGUUGUUACUACUGAACGUAGAGAGCGUCCCCAGCCACCGAGGAAGUUGUCUGUUCCUCAGGAUGGGGUUGAAUCUCGCCAGCUCCGCCUCCACUGGGUGACUGGUGGCUCAGGCUCGUCCCCCCUGAGAUACUUCACUCUUCAGAUCAAGGAGCUGCCCAGCGGGGAUUGGACCACACAUACCGCUGAUAUCCCGCAUAACCUGACCGCAUGGACCGUUGACAGGCUGAAGCCCUUCACAUCAUACAAGCUAAGGAUGCUGGCCACUAAUGAUGUAGGAGACAGUGUCCUCAGUAAAGAGACGGAGGCUGUUACAACCCUGCAGGAUGUGCCUGAUGAGCCUCCAGUGAUAGUCGCAGUGAAACCAACAACCACUACCUCAGUCCUGGUGCAGUGGAAGCGUCCAAGUGACAACACUAUCAAUGGGGUGUUGGCUGGAUAUCGGCUGUAUUAUAGAGAGCUCCCAGUAAACACCUCUUCUGUUACUGAAGCAGAAGUCCAGGCCACCAAAAACAACACCACAAGUGCCAUAAUUACAACCAAGAGCACCUUCAAGACAGUCAGCAGUGCCUCGUUAACAGAGUUUGAGUUGACACAACUAAAGAAGUUCAAACGCUACCAGAUUGUUAUGACAAGCUACAAUAUCAUCGGCGAGAGCCCACCCUCCACCCCUGUUGAGGUGUCUGUUGGAGAGGCAGCUCCAUCGGUGGCCCCCCAGUCUAUCAGAGUGUCAGCUGCGUCUCCCUCCAUCCUUGAGGUGACCUGGGACACACCUCCCCUCGAGACCCAGAAUGGACUCAUCCAAGGAUACAAGAUCCACUACUGGGAGAGGGACAAACAGAACCAGAGUGAGAAGGUGAAGGUGAUUUUUGUCCCAGACACCCGUGUGCACCUUACCAACCUGACCAGCUACACACCAUACCUGGUCACCCUAACUGCCUUCAACACGGCUGGAGACGGCCCAGCCAGCGAUCCCCGCGGGGCCCGGACCCUGCAGUCUGCUCCAAGCCAGCCGAGCUUUCUGUCCUUCUCAGAGGUGACAGGAGGAAGUGUCAACGUGUCCUGGGGAGUUCCACUGACUCCUAAUGGACAGCUGGAGGGCUACAGGGUCAUCUACCAGCCCACUGCUCCUAUACAAGGAGUGAGUAAAAUGGUCACAGUGGAUGUGAAGGGCAGCUGGCAGCGAUGGCUGAAGGUUCGAGACCUGAUCAAAGGAGCAACCUACAUGUUCGGCGUUCAGGCUCUCACAGUCAGCUAUGGACCACCCAUACAAGCAAAUAUCACUGCUCAGCCUGUGCAAGGCACCCCUGGGUCACCUAUAGAGAUGUCCAUCACCAAGACGUCCUCUGCCCUCACUAUCCACUGGUCAGACGGAGAUAUCGGUGCAGCACCUGUGACUGGAUAUGUUAUUGAGGCUCGUCCCUCAGAUGAAGGCGUGUGGGAUUCCUUCAUCAGACUGCUUCCUCCCAGCAGCAGGUCUGUUUCAGUGCCGCUGGAGCGUCUGAGGUCAGGGAUCAGCUACGAGUUCAGAGUCAUUGCUGUUAAUCGCUAUGGUUACGGACAGCCGAGUACACCCUCUGCUGCUCUCGCUGCACUGUCUGAGCGUCCGUUCUAUGAGGAGUGGUGGUUCCUGCUGGUCAUGGCUCUGGUGGGACUCAUCCUCAUUCUGGUCCUGGUCUUCACACUGCUGCUGCACGGACACAGCACCAAGUACAAGGCCUGCGGCACAGGGAAGCACGUCACCACAGCGGAGGAGUCUGUAACUCUGGACAACGGGGGUUUCACCGCUCUGGAGCUCAACAGCAGAACGCUCAACAGCAAGAACUCCUUCCUGAAAAAGAACGGGACCAGGUCUCCUCCCAGGCCCAGCCCAGGUGGUCUUCACUACUCUGACGAGGACAUCUGUAACAACUAUAACGGAGCCAUACUCACCGAGAGCACCACUCUCACUGAGAAGCCCACUGAGGUCUCUGAGUCAGAGUUAACAGACAGCGACUAUGAGGACGAGCAGCCCAAGCAUUCCUUUGUCAACCACUACAUGAGCGACCCCACCUACUAUAACUCCUGGAAGCGGCAGCCCAAAGGCCUUAAAGGGAUCAGCGCUCCUUUCGCCUACGAGGAGUGCGCCACUGCAGACACGGAGCCCUACUACCAGACCGUGGUCACCCAGCACAGCACAGGCGGCGCGUACAUGCCCACAGGGCAGCCUGCGCACACGCAUGUCAACCCCAACACCAACCCGCCAGGGUCACGCACCCCUGUGACGGGAUUCUCCUCAUUCGUUUGACUCUAGAGACAAAAUCUGCACAAAAUGAUACACACACAUACACAAAAUGAAGGAGGGGGGCCGGUGUGUGUUUGGACUAAAGGAGAAAGAGCCGGCGGCUUCGGAGGAGAGGGGAGGACGAGAUGAGGAGACAUGGGACGGACUGAUGAUGAUACAGCCCUUCAUGCCCAAAAGAACUAAACCUACACUUCUCACUCGCCUUCUCCCCUCGUUCACAAAGAUCCUCACUGUGUCGACGAGUGUGUGUGUGUUGCUCUCCUACUCGUUUACGCCUCUGUGUCACUGUGCUUACACACACAGUUACUGUCCUCGUCUCCACACACAAACACACACAUUAACACCGGCGUAUACUACCAGAUAUUCAUGCCUAUUCCAGAGACUCUCCAACGAGAGCUAGAAGAGUAAAUGUCGAGGAACUGGUGGAACCUGGAAUUUCUGCACAACGCUUCUUCUCUCUUUUCUGUAUUUACACACAUAAGUGCACAAAUACACACACAUGCACUCUCUGAUGGGCCAUCUCUGUGUCUCCUGCUGGGAGAGAGGAACUUAAAGAUUAAAGAGGAGAAUUAUUAAAAAACGGCAUAAAAGUGAGCAGCUUUUGUUGACAGACUGGGUCAUGCACACAUACACGGAGCAGUCAGCUUUAAAAGACCACCACACAAGAGGAAAAGAAGAAAAAAAAAACAAUCGAUAAUCACAGUUUUUGAACUUGAAAAAGGAUGGAGAGCGUGGGCGAGGGUUCUUCAGCACUUAAGGCAUUCUCAGUGAGAGUGUGGCGCGGUUUCAGAGAGUGAUAUGUGAUGUUUGGGGUUUUGGUUGGAAUAUAUGAAAACCAUGUUUUUUACUGUCUUACUGCCUGUUGUCAGCGCUCCUAUUACCGCAGCCUCCCAAGCCAUAAUGCUUGCACUGAGCCAAACCCCACACAUUUCAUCCUAUUCUGUUGAAGUUUAAUUUUUUACAAGUUUGAGCGUGUGUUUGAGUGUGACACGUGUGCAUAGAAGCAUGCGUGUAUGAAUGGCUCUAUGCUCAGUUUAGAAGCCUGUUCAUCUGUCUCUGUUGUUCACAGCUAAGCAAAGGGUGCCAUUGUGUGUAUGUUUGUAUUUUUAAGCUGGAUUUUGUACAGGGAAACCCCUUUCUACUCGUGUGCUGUUGUAUGUAGCUCGGCCACCUUUGUGUAAUGUUAUAGUAAAACAGCACUGGAGUUCACAGCCACACCGAUCGAUUAGAGGGAAAAUGAGCUGUCUAGAUUUAAUAAGAAUCAUAAAAAAAUAAGUUGUAGGAGUGAGCACAGAACAAGAGUGUAGGAUAUUUUAGAGAAUCACAUCUUAUUCAAGGUGAGUGUGACUGAUGUUUGAACUGUUUCAAGGCCCCAGGAUCGGUACACUGGCCUCAACUCCAGCAGCCAGGCUGAUACACACACAUGUACUUUGUACUUCUCUUAAGUGCAAACAAAAAUCCUCUUGUACGAGUUUUAGCUCAUGUAUAAUUUAAAGAUUCUCCUCCCACCCAGCCAGCAGCCUCCCUCACUCUUGUCAUGCUUGUUUUAAGUCCCAUACAGUGUGUGAAUAAAUGGUCAUUGUUAAA